CGGAAAGGGGAGAGAGGGUGGAGGGUAAACAGGAGAGAGAGGGGUGGGCUGGUCUGUCAUUAAACAUCCACCGAUCCUCCUCUCUAAGUGCCCUGGAAGCCUCCGAAUUAUCUCAAGAUCACUUGAAAGGUCUCAUCGAGCAGAAGGUGUCGCUCCGAGAUGAUUUAAAGGUGAAAAUGACAGGCUUUCCACCUCUCAAAGCUUGGCUACUUUUCUGACAGCCUGGGAGAGAGAGAGAGAGGCAGAGAGCGAGAGCGAGCGAGCCUAGAUGUCUUCCUUACUCUUGGAAUAGGAUUGCCAACGAGGACACAGAGACACAAGCCAAUCCCCGGUUUUGUUUUCGUGCGUCCUCGAGAAAGGCUGCUGUCGAAGAUUGCUGGGCGAAACUGCACGAUCCCGUGCUGUGGUGCAGAUGGAUUUUUUUGGGGAAAGUGUCCAGUCUUUCCAAUGAACGCGAACCGGGCACUGUGCUUUGGGUUGGAAUCCUCAGAGAACGGCCAUGGUCUCUGCAAUGUCCUGGGUCCUGUAUUUGUGGAUAAGUGCCUGUGCCAUGCUGCUCUGUCAGGGCUCACUUCACCACACCUUCCAGCAGCAUCCUCUGCACAGACCAGAAGGAGGGACAUGUGAAGUCAUAGCAGCACACAGAUGUUGUAAUAAGAAUCGGAUUGAAGAGAGAUCACAAACAGUAAAAUGCUCCUGUCUACCUGGGAAAGUGGCCGGGACGACGCGGAACAGACCAUCGUGUGUUGAUGCAUCAAUAGUCAUUGGGAAAUGGUGGUGUGAGAUGGAGCCAUGCCUAGAGGGCGAGGAAUGCAAGACGCUACCUGACAACUCAGGAUGGAUGUGUGCAACCGGCAAUAAAGUCAAGACCACCAAAAUUCAUCCGAGAACCUAACAAAACAUCUUCCGACAGCAGCCAGCGAAGGGACCCCCUGACAAAUAAGAGGACAAAAAUCUUUAAACCGUCUCCAGCUUCUACAAGCCAAAUUGGAUUUUUUUAAAAAAUUAUUUGCACUUUAACUCUGUACCAGAGGAAACUACAGUGGUUUACUUGUGUGGAGUCAAAUGCCCUAGAAAAGCAGCACACCAGAUUUGACAACAGUGAAUGGAAAAGAGUGUGGAAGGAAAUAAGGAAA